AUGAUCCUGCAUCAGAUUGAAGCUCUCAAAGCCAUCGGUGUGACUGAAGUAGUUCUGGCUAUCAAUUACCAGCCAGAGAUAAUGCUAAAUUUCUUGAAAGAGUUUGAAAAGAAGCUUGGGAUUAAGAUCACAUGCUCACAAGAGACUGAGCCACUCGGAACUGCUGGUCCCCUUGCUUUGGCUAGGGAAAACCUGGUAGAUGAUUCUGGUGAGCCAUUUUUUGUUCUUAACAGUGAUGUUAUCAGUGAAUAUCCACUACAAGAGAUGAUCAAAUUCCACAAAUCCCAUGGAGGUGAAGCUUCCAUUCUGGUGACCAAGGUGGAUGAGCCUUCAAAAUAUGGUGUUGUUGUUAUGGAAGAAUCCACUGGGCAAGUGGAGAGAUUCGUAGAGAAGCCAAAAUUAUUUGUGGGAAACAAAAUCAAUGCUGGCAUUUAUCUGUUGAACCCUUCUGUUCUUGACCGAAUUCAAUUACGCCCCACAUCAAUUGAGAAAGAGGUAUUUCCAGACAUUGCAGCGGAGAGAAAACUCUACGCCAUGGUCCUUCCUGGGUUUUGGAUGGACAUUGGUCAACCAAGGGAUUAUAUCACCGGGCUGAGACUCUACUUGGACUCCUUGAAGAAGAAAUCUAAUCCUAAAUUGGCCUCUGGACCUCAUAUAAUUGGAAAUGUACUAGUGGAUGAGAGUGCUAAAAUUGGUGAGGGAUGCUUGAUUGGCCCUGAUGUUGCUAUAGGCUCUGGUUGCAUAGUUGAGUCAGGUGUUCGGCUCUCUCGCUGCACAUUAAUGCAUGGAGUCCGCAUCAAGAAACACGCAUGCAUUUCAACUAGCAUUAUUGGUUGGCACUCCACAGUUGGGCAGUGGGCUCGCGUGGAGAACAUGACCAUACUUGGAGAAGAUGUUCAUGUCAGUGAUGAAAUUUACAGCAACGGUGGCGUGGUUUUGCCUCACAAGGAGAUUAAAUCUAGCAUCUUGAAUCCAGAGAUUGUGAUGUGA